AAUAGAGUUCGAAUUCCUCUUGGAUAUUUCAUGAUCUCGUGAGAUCACAAGCACCCAUCUCACCAUUCACCAACACGUUCGUACAUGUGUUCGCCGAAUACUGCAAGAUAACUCUCCUUUGAGGGCGUGGAGAAGAAAAGACCAGAAAAUGGAGGCCGUCGCCCUUCAGCAACCCAUACCGACCUCUUUCCUCUCACCCCCGAGACCCAAUCACCUCCUCCUCACAGCCACUACCCUCUCCCACCUCAAACAAAUCCACGCUCAUCUCCUCCGCUCCGGCCUCGACCUCUCCGCCCCCUUCCUCUCCAAGCUCCUCUCCCUCCCCCUCUCCUCCCCUUCCUCCCUCGACUACGCCCUCUCCGUCUUCUUCCACACUCCCCACCUCGAUGCCCGCCUUUGCGACCGCGUUCUCCGCGUCCUCUCCCGCACCUCCGCCGGCGAAUCCCGCCGGGCCCUCACCGCCUACGGCCGUAUCCGGUGGGACGGCCUCCUCCUCGAUCGCUUCAGCUUCCCCACGGUUCUGAGAGUCGCCGCGAGGGCCGGCGGAGACGAUUGGGUGGCCAGAGAGGCCCAUGGGCUCAUCGCCAAGCUGGGGUUCGAUUCCGACCCCUUCGUCCAGACCGCAUUGGUUCGCUUGUACGCAGCGUGCGGGCGGGUCGCCGACGCACGCGGGGUGUUUGACCGGAUGUCCCAGCGGGACCUCGUCGCCUGGGGCGUCAUGCUCGACGGUUAUUGUCAGACUGGCUGUUAUGGUGAAGCCUUGCAGCUGUUUGAAGAGAUGAAGAGCUCCAAUGUGAUACCUGAUCAGGUGAUCCUGACCACAGUCCUUUCAGCAUGCGGGCGCACUGGAAAUCUGAUGGUCGGCCAGGCAAUUCACUCGUACGUUGUUGCAUCCAGCAUCUCCAUGGAUUUGCACUUACAGAGUGCCCUUAUCAACAUGUACUCCACUUGCAAGUCAAUGGAUAAUGCCCAAAAAUUGUAUGACAGCAUAUACCCAAAGAAUCUAGUGUCAUCAACUGCCAUGGUCUUUGGGUAUGCCAAGAUUGGAAAGAUUAAGAUUGCUCGGUCCAUCUUUGAUCAGAUGCCUGAUAAGGACCUAGUCUCUUGGAGUGCGAUGAUCUCAGGGUAUGCUGAGAGUGACCAGCCUAAUGAAGCAAUAAAGUUGUUCAACGAAAUGCAAGUCUCAGGUGUGAGGCCUGACAUGAUCACCAUGUUGAGUGUUAUCUCUGCUUGUGCUCAUUUGGGUGCUCUGCAUCAAGCCAAAUGGGUCCAUUACUUUGUGGACAAGAAUGGGUUUUCUGAUGUUUUAUCGAUAAACAAUGCUCUCAUCGAUAUGUACUGUAAAUGUGGGAGCCUGGUGGAUGCGCAAAAGAUCUUUGAUGAGAUGCGGCAUAGGAAUGUUAUCACUUGGACAAGCAUGAUCACUGGGUGUGCAAUGCAUGGGGAUGGAAGGUCUGCACUGGCAUUAUUUGAUCAGAUGAAAGCCGAGGGGGUUGAGCCUAAUGGGGUGACAUUUGUGGGCCUGCUUUAUGCUUGUAGUCACACAGGCUUGGUUGAAGAUGGUUGGAGGAUAUUCAAUUCCAUGAUUCAGGAUCACAACAUUGAACCCAAGCAUGAGCACUAUGGCUGCAUGGUGGAUCUCCUUGGACGUGCCAGACUGCUCCAAGAAGCAUUUGAGCUCAUCGAGUCAAUGCCUUUCACCCCAAAUGUGGUAGUGUGGGGUUCACUGUUGGGAGCAUGCAAGGUCCAUGGGAAUGUUGAGCUUGGAGAAUUGGCAGCCAAGAGGCUUUUGGAGCUAGACCCAGAUCAUGAUGGGGCUUAUGUACUUCUAUCUAACAUCUAUGCCAAGGCUAGCAGGUGGGAUGAUGUUAGGCAGGUGAGGACAUUGAUGAAAUGUAAAGGAGUGUCAAAGGAAAGGGGUUGUAGCUGGAUUGAAUUGGAUGGCAAAGUACAUGAAUUUUUGAUGGGAGAUGAGUCCCAUCCGAGAUCUAGUGAGAUCUAUGGAAAGUUGGAGGAGGUUGUGAGAGAAUUAGGGCUUGUAGGUUAUUCUCCUGAUAUAGGUAGCGUGUUGGUUGAUUUAGAAGAGGAAGAGAAGAAGGGAGCUGUUCUCUGGCACAGUGAGAAAUUGGCUCUUUCUUUUGGGCUGAUGAACUCAAGCAAAGGAUCUUGCAUUCGCAUAGCAAAGAAUCUUAGGGUCUGUGAAGAUUGCCACACUUUCAUGAAGUUGGUUUCGCAAGUGUAUGAGAGAGAGAUUGUUUUGCGAGAUAGGAGCCGUUUCCACCAUUAUAAAGAUGGUGUUUGCUCUUGUAGAGACUUCUGGUGAGUGUUGAGCGAACAAUGAAGCAUGUAUGAUUAAUCUUCUUAUAAAUGUGUAAUGAACUUUUAAUUAGU